AUGAGACGAUGUUGCACGCGAAUGAUACGACGCUCGGCAAUAAUUUCAGUUGUGACUGUUACAGCUUGGAUAAUAACCGCAUUCCUCUUUUCCACGGAGCUCGUUGAGGACGUUAAUAUUCUUGCCUAUACGCCUGGACGCGACGUGAAAUCAAACAUUGACAUUUGCGAAACAAAGACGUUGAUCGCACCAGGAAGUCGACCGUUGGUGGCGCUAGCAAGUUUCCCUGGCUCUGGCAACACAUGGAUCAGAUAUUUAAUCGAAAGAGUUACUGGUUAUUACACUGGGAGUUUUUAUUCGGACGCGGUUCUUUUUCGUGCAGGGUUUCGAGGUGAAAAAUACGAUUGGCUCGAGAGAAAUACCAUCGUCGUUAAAACACAUGAAACAGACAGUGAGCACGUCGAUAAGUUUGACGCCGCUAUAUUAAUUAUCAGGAACCCUUACGACGCCAUUAUUUCAGAGCGUCACCGGCAGACUGGUGGAGGUCACGUGGGCUUUGCGAAGGAAGUCGAUUUCACGGAUUCUGGGGGAUGGAACGCCAUGGUUAAUGAUUAUCUGCAAUAUUGGGAAGGUAUCACUACCUUGUGGUUGCUACGCGACUUUCCUCGGCUGGUUAUCCACUACGAAGACGCGUUAGAGAACACCCAACGAACAAUGUUUGAAAUCACGAGGUUUCUGAAUAUUUCGGACAGUGAGGUGCGAGCCGAUUGCCUGAUACAGAAAACGGAGGGCCUAUUUCAUCGAAAAGGGGCGAAUUUCGUAUUUUCAGCUGACCCGUUUUCAGAGAGUAUGCAGGGCACCGCGAUCGCAACAUCGUUGACUACAACACCUCUAAUCACCACAAUGUAUAUCCGGACAGCAGCGCUGAUUAUCGGCAUCGUUAUUUGUAUGGUACGGGCUGAUGAGCUUCCUGUACCAGCUGAGGGUAGUGGAGACGGUAAUAAUAGCCAAAGAGCUGAGCCGCUUUCAGUUGCAGGUCUGGGACCAAUUCUCAAGAUUCCGGAAGAGACACUUAAGAAAAUGGAAGAGUUGAGGGAACGCCUGAAAGUUCAUGGUCCCCUGUCUCCGUUUAAAUUAAACGACGGAUUUAAACUGGGUGCAUCAGCCCCUCAUAUUAUGGAUAUCAGCGUCGACCUCCCCCAGCAGCACGUGGACAACGACAUCAUUCAGCCUGUUGGUGAAGGCGCACCAAAUCAGCAAGGGCGACAUGAUGACGCUGAUGGCGCUCAACGUCCUGCUGACGCGGAUGCUGACAGCGAAGAUGGCGAAAGAAAGUAG